CCAAUUUUUUUACGAUGAAUGUUGCAAAAUUAUUAAUGGCACAGCCAAUUCGAAUGACGUGUAGCUUUGGCAGACUCAUGCGCACGGAGAGUAAAAGUGUUCAUAAUGUUCUACAGAAGAAUGAAAAUACAAUGUCAAAUAAAAACUUAGUGCCCAUCAACUACAUAAAGGAAUCGAACAGUAACAAACAUUUUCUAUGGUUACCGGACGUUUUCAACUAUUGGCUGAAAGUACCUCAAGAUACACUUCAAGUAAUCCGGGAAGCUUUGGACUACGUGUUGCACGGAGUUGUGUUACUAGAUGACGUACAAGAUGGAACCCAGUUUCGCCGGAAUCUGCCGUCCGCUCACAGAAUCUACGGCACCCCGUGGGCAGCCAAUGCCUCAACUUUCUGCUUCAUGGCCGCCCUUAAAAAGAUUGCAGACCUAGGUAACCCUGAGGCUGUUGAUAAUUUUUGCCAAGAAAUGAUGUCAGCUCUAGAUGGGAUUGCUUUAGAUCUCUACUGGAGAGACGCUUUUAUUUGUCCAACAGAAAACGAAUAUAUGGAAAUGGUUAAAUUGAAGAACUCAUUCUUUACGCUAAAUUUGAGGAUAAUACAGUCGUUCAGCAAGGACCGAAGAACUUACAGCGAUUUGAUGAACACCUACGGCGUGUACUACCAGAUACGAGACGAGUAUGCCAACCUCGUUAAUGUGAAGGGACUGGAUACGAAAUCACAUGAGCAGGAAUUUAAGAAUUUGCACGAAGUAAUGUUUUGCGAGGACAUCACUGAAGGCCGGUUUACCUUUCCGAUGAUUCACGGACUCAACUCCAGCGAGGGACCGACUAUUAGGAGUAUUCUAGUACAGCGCACAAGUGACAUCAGAAUCAAGCAGCACUGUCUCUCCCUGCUGGAGAAGGUCGGCAGUUUGGACUACACCAGACGGACUCUACACGACCUCGACGCUGACUUGAGAGAACAGAUUCACCAGUUGGGCGGUAAUCCGGUAUUUUUGGCGUACUUGGAUGAGCUCAGCAAUUGGAAAUGAUAGUUAUACUUAC